UUUCAUUUGUUACUCUUGCAGAGUGAUAAUGGCGUUGCAGGAUGGGAUAGCGGAGUUUUACGACCAGUCGUCGGGGCUUUGGGAAGACAUUUGGGGAGACCACAUGCACCAUGGCUUUUACGAUCCCGCUUCCAGUGUUUCCGCUUCCGAUCAUCGAGCUGCCCAGAUCCGAAUGAUCGAAGAAUCGCUCCGUUUCGCUGGGAUUACCGAUGACCCAGAAAAGCAGCCCAAGACAAUAGUUGAUGUUGGGUGUGGCAUAGGAGGCAGCUCCAGAUACUUAGCCAGGAAAUUUGGAGCAAAAUGUCAAGGCAUUACUUUGAGCCCUGUUCAAGCUGAAAGGGCCAAUGUUAUUGCUAAAGAUGAAGGACUUGCAGACAUGACUUCUUUUCAAGUUGCAGAUGCUUUGACGCAACCGUUCCCUGAUGGCCAAUUUGAUCUAGUUUGGUCUAUGGAAAGUGGAGAACACAUGCCUGAAAAAGCAAAGUUUGUCAAUGAGUUGGCUCGAGUUGCAGCACCGGGAGGCACUAUAAUAAUAGUGACAUGGUGCCAUAGGGAUCUUGGUCCAUCCGAAGAGUCUUUGCAGCCAUGGGAGAAAAAGCUGCUAAACAGGAUAUGCAAUGCUUAUUAUUUACCUGAGUGGUGUUCUACUUCUGAUUAUGUCAAACUUCUUCAGUCCCUCUCCCUCCUGGAUGUGAGGGCUGCUGAUUGGUCUGAGCAUGUUUCCCCGUUCUGGCCGGCAGUGAUACGGUCGGCGUUUACAUGGAAGGGUUUCAUAUCGCUGCUACGUAGUGGAUUAAAGACCAUCAAAGGUGCAUUGGUGAUGCCAUUGAUGAUCCAAGGAUACCGGAAGGGUGUGAUCAAGUUCGCCAUCAUUACCUGCCGGAAACCCGAGUAAAUCGCUACGGAAACCGAAUGUUUCGAGUGUAUUGAUUUCUGUUGUACUCAGUGUAGGUAGAUGGUGGAGGAUGCUACACAAUUUCAAACAUCCAUUGUCUCACUCAAGCUUUCAUGAUUAAGCUUCAAAGUCUUUAUUGUUUAUA